AUGGACCUCCAAACCCUCUCAAAUCUCUUCGCGAGCACGUACAGUCCCGACCCUAAUGUCCAAAAAUCCGGAGAAUUGCAGAUCCGCAAGAUCGGCGGCCAGGAGGGCAUAGUCACAGCCAUCUUGCAGAUCAUCGGAAGCGAUAACGUCGAUAUUGCGAAAAAGCAGGCAGCAGCAGUCUACCUAAAGAAUCGAGUCUACACGUCCUACUUCGUUGAACCCGCGAGUCCACGCCCUGACCAAGCCCCGAUCGCGCCCUCCGACCGUAAUGCACUCAAAGCGUCCCUCCUCCCGCUUCUGGCCUCUUCGCCAUCGAGCCUGAUCACCGUUCAGCUGGCGAACACUCUCAAGAACAUCGUCGCACGCGACUUUCCGGACAACUGGCCCGACCUCCUGGACAAUGUCAAGCGCAUGCUUGGGAGCAGCAACAUUCGUGAAGUCGGUGCCGGCUGCGUGGCCGCGCUGGAGAUGGUCAGGGCAUUCCGGUUCCGCCAGAACAAUGAAAUUCUCCCGAAGCUCGUGGUGGAACUGUUCCCCACGCUGGUCAGCAUUGCCAGUGGCCUCCUCUCGACGCCGCCCGCGAAUGCGUCGACGGAAAUCCCAUUUAUGCUGCACAUGAUCCUAAAGACGUACAAGACGUCGAUAGUGUUGUCGCUUAGCCCCCACCAGCAAAGCGCAGAAAGCAUCGUACCAUGGGGCAGGCUCCUGUUCCAAGUAGUGAAUCUACAGAUUCCGAAGGACGCAGUACCGGAGGACGAGGAAGAACGCGAACGGAGCGAGUGGUGGAAGGCCAAGAAGUGGGCGUACGGCAUUCUUGGGCGGCUUUUCCACCGCUACGGGAACCCGUCGCAGCUUCCAACCUCGAUGCAAAAGGACUAUGGCGCGUUCGCACAGCACUUCGUGACAACGUUCGCGCCGGAGAUCUUCAAGGUCUACCUGCAACAAAUCCAGCUCUACGUCUCGGGCCAGUCUUGGCUCUCGAAGAAGUGCCAAUACCAAAUCUUCACUUUCUUCAAUGAGUGCAUCAAGCCAAAAUCGACAUGGCAGCUGUUGAAGCCCCACUUCGAGGAGCUGGUGACAUCCUACGUCUUCCCUCAGCUAUCGUUCACCCCCGAAAGACAAGAGCAAUGGAAUACCGAUCCGGUGGAAUAUGUUCGCAACGUCAUUGACGAGUAUGAAAAUUUCAACAGCCCCGUCUCUGCCGCCACCUCCUUCCUAUUCUCCCUCGCUAGCAACCGUACCAAGACGACCUUCAUGCCCAUUCUGGGCUUCAUCAACCGCGUGCUCCAAUCCAAGCCUGCUUCCCCACAACGCUUCGGUGCGCUGAACAUGACCGCAGCUCUGGGUCCGUUCAUCAUGCGGCACCCUGACGUCAAGGGUAACAUGGAGCAAUUCCUUGCCCAACAUGUCCUUCCUGAAUUCACGAGUUCCGAGGCGUACAUGAGGGCCAUCGCCUGUGAAGUGCUCGGGACUGUCGAGAAGAACAGCAUCAAGUGGUCGAGCGAAGAGCUUCUUGGCCAGCACUUCAGUGCGGUCUCGGCGUGCCUCGAUGAUUCCGAGUUGCCUGUACGCAUCCAGGCGUGCAUGGCACUCUCUGAGAUGAUCAUUGUUCAUCCAACGGUCAAGACUGCCGUUGCUCCUCAGGUUGGCAAGGUCAUUCAAACUCUUCUCCGGCUUUCCGAGGAGACGGAUUUGGAUGUCUUGAACUCGUGCAUGGAGGCUAUGGUGGAGCAAUACCACCAAGAGCUGCUUCCAGUCGCAGCUGAGCUUACUGCCCGUCUGUGCGAGACCUACUCUCGCUUGGCGAAGGAAGCGCUAGCUCUGGAUGAGACCGAUGCCAGUAACGUCGACAUGGAUUCACUCAUGGACAACGACGCGGGCGAGGACAAGACCUUCAUGGCCAUGGGGGUGGCAAAGACCAUCGGUACCAUCAUCAGUUCGGUGGACUCGUCCCCGGAGAUCCUCGCACAGAUUCAGGAGAUUAUUAUUCCCAUUGUCGUCCAGACUUUGGAGAGCAAGGCCCUCGAUCUCUUUGACAACAUGUACGACCUCGUGGAUAGUUUGACCUUCAAGCUGCGCAGCAUCUCGCCUAACAUGUGGCCGGUAUUCGAAUUGACCUACAAGACGUUCAAGGGCGAGGCAGUUGACUUCUUGGAAGAGAUGUUGCCGAGUCUGGACAAUUUCGUCUCCUAUGGCACUGAGAUCUUCAAGGCGCGGCCUGACUACAGGCAAAUGUUGCUCGACAUCUAUACGACGUCCAUUAACAGCGACCACCUUGGCGAGAACGACGCCGUCAACGGAUGCAAACUUGCUGAAGCCAUGCUGCUCAAUCUGCGCGGGCAUGUCGACGACGCUCUCCCCAGUAUCAUUGCCACUUCCCUCAAGACCCAGGAUGCCGCAAACACUACCUCCCUUCGCCUUGCUAACCUGGAGGUGCUCGUCAACGCCGUCUUGUACAACCCCGGUGCCACACUGCACCUCAUGGAUUCGUACACGCCAGGCACGGCUCGUGCAUUCUUCGACAAGUGGUUUGAGGCAAUCAACGGCGAGAAUCGCCUGCCGCGUGUGCACGAUAAGAAGCUCAGCGUCACGGCUCUUUCUGCAUUGCUCGAGAUGGACCCGGCACAGAUCCCCGACUCGGUAAAGGAGGGAUGGCCAGGUAUCGUCUCGGGCGCGCUGCGCAUUUUCAAUGACCUGCCGAAGGCUAUGCCGCGUUGCACAACAGCGCGCAAAGAGCUCGAGGAGGCAUUCCAAGGUGACGAUGAGGAGGAAGCGAGCGAGUCUGAUGACGCGCAGUUCCUGAACCUGAACGAGAAUGAUGAGGACGUGUGGGACGAGGACUCAGCGUACAUGGAGAUGCUCGCAAACGAGGGCGCCCGUCUGCGCGAGAAGUCUGCACGCCAAGCUACUGGUGACGACGACGACGAGUCGGAGGACGAUUCCGACAUUGACGAAGAGCUUGGCUACAUCAGCCCACUUGACAAUGUUGACCCAUAUGUUUCGUUCAAGCAGGCACUGACUGCCUUCCAAAUGAAGAACCCCUCGGCGUAUCAGCUGGCAACCACCUCGCUGAGCGCGGAGCAGCAGACCGUCCUCAUGGAGGUCAUGCGAAUCGCCGGGGAGAAAAGCGCAUCUGCUUGA